AUGAAAAAUACAUCGUUUGGCUUUUUACCAAAUAAAGUAGUCAUGUCGAGAAAGCCUAUUGAUAUUUAUCCUAACAUAUCAGAUAGUGAUAAAUUAAAUAAUGGAAAUACAAAUGAAUAUUCAUAUAAAAUGGUGCCCCAUGUUUAUAAAAGAACAACCAGUUCAUUUCCAAUAUUUGAUGACAAUAAUCUAGUUUAUAAUCCUAACAGAGUUAAUAUAAAACCGAUGAGACCCCCACAUAAUAAUAACAAUUUUCAUUAUCCUUUAGUAUACGGACAAAAAAAAAAUAAUUGUUUAAAUUCUUGUUCAUGCAUGAAGAAAAGUAAUUCAAACGUUUGUAAUAAAAUAAAUAAAGAAAAUAAUAAAAAUAAUGAACGAAGGCGUAUAAAUGAUUUUAUUCCUAUAUUAUUUAAUAACAAAAAAAUAUUAGUAUCAAAUGUGUUUGAUAAUGUUCAUAAUAAAUAUCCCGUGCCUAACUUAGAAGCUAGCAAUUCAAGUUAUAAUUUUAAUCACAAUUUAUUCACACAUUCUGGAGGAUAUGUUUCUAUUGAUCAUCAAAAUCGAAGUAGAAGUAGCAAUGAUAGUGCACCUCGUGAUAAUAAUAAUAAUGAUGGAAAAAAUAUUUAUGGGAACAUUCUGUGUGGAAAAGGUGGCAAUAUAAUAAACCACAAAAAUACAGAAGUGCUUAAAAAAAAUAUAAUAAAAGAUAAAACUCGUGAAUCAUCUAAAAUCCCUCAAAUAAACGAUUUAAUUAAUCAAAAAGAUUUAGAAAUUAAAGAUCUUGAAACAAAAAUCGAAAAAGAAAAAUUAGAACAUGAAAUAAAAGACACAGUAUUAGAUAACAAUAAAUUAAAAGAAAAAUUGUUAGAUCAAAAAAUAAAAUAUGAAGAAACUUUAAAACACUUGAAAAAAGUAGAAAAUGAAAAAAGAACAUUAAAAUCAAAUUUGCAUGUUAGAGAUAAAGUUUUAGAAAAAUUAGAAAAAGAAAUAGGGUCCGUUGAUAAUGAAAAUGAGUUGUUACUUAAGAUAAAAGAAAAUUCAGAUUUGACUGAUAUACACAAAGUUUUUAAAUUGCUUCAUGAUAAAGAAAAUGGUGAAAAAAAUCAAGAUUAUCAUAAAAAAAAUCAUAAUAUUAAAAGCAUUAGCUAUGCUGAUGAUACAACUAAGAAUAUUGCCAAUGAUAUAGAAAAUAAUCGAAAUACCAAAAAUAAUGAGAGUAGUAAAGGAGAUAAAACAAUAGAAGAAUUUCGAUGGUAUAAAACAAUUAGCACAUUUGAUGGUGCUGAUACUGAAAACUAUGAUGUAGAUAUGAAUGAUAAAAAAGAAGAAAUAGAUGAAAAAAAUGAUACGAAUUUUCUAAAAGCAACAAUUAUAAAAAUGGACAAAGAAAUACAUAAAUUGAAAGAAGAAAAUAAGAAUGUAAAUUUUAAAUAUCAAAACACUUUUGAAGCAUUAACUGAGUUAAGAAAAGAUACAUUAGAAUAUAUGGAGUCAAUUGUUUCUCGUGAUAUGAGAAUAGGAUAUAUGGAAAGUAUGCUUCAAAAAUGUGAAAAAGACUUAGAAAAAUUAAAGGAUAAUUUUAAAAAAGAAGAAACAAAUAAUAGAGAAAAAAUUGCAAAAUUAAGAUCCGAAAUUAAAAUAUUAGAAAACCAAUCUUCACAUCUUCGACAUAUGAUCCAAGAAAAGGAUUCAGAAAUAGUUUUAUUAAAAAACGAAAUUGUUCGUAAUGAUAUUUUACUAAAACAAUAUGAAGAAAGAAAUAAAGAGCUUCAAAGUGAAUUAAGAUUAAUGUGUAAUAAUUUAGAAAAUGUUAUUGACGCUUCAAAUAAAAAAGAUAUAUUUAUGGAUCAAUUAGAAAGACAAAUAAGGGAAAAUGAAAUACACAGGCAAAAUGCCUAUUUAAAAGAAGUUGCAAAAAAUAGAAAAGCACAUGUUAAUAUGAAAUUUAAAGAAAUUUUAUUUGAUAAAUCUGCAAAAACACAAGUAGACGAAUUUAGAAAUUUAAAAAAAGAAUUAUAUCUAAAUAAAAUACAAAUUGAAAAAGCAAAAGAAGCUUUUGGAAUGCUCAAAAUAUCUUCAAACCGCGAAUCUAUGCCAAGAAAGAAGAAAGUUAUAAAAAAGAAGAGUAUUCGAAGCCUUUCCGAAAAUAGUUCAGGAAAAUACACAGAAAAUAGCUCUGGGAAAUAUACAGAAGGUAGCACUGAAAACAUUACAGAAAAUUGUCAUGAAAACGGGGCAGAGAAUAAUCCAUCUGAUUACAAAAUAAAUUUCACAAAAAAAAAUAAUAAUAAUAAUAAAUUGGGUUUGAAGACACCAAUAGAUUCUAUACCAGGCCGCAAAUUAUCGAAUUCAGUAGCUAAAAAAAAUACAAAAAAAAUGACAAAGAAAUUAAUAAAUGUGGAAGAGGAAAAAUUAGUAUAG